AUUUGUAAUGGUGAGACCUAACCUUUGUAUUAGUUUUUGCUGUGAACAUUUCGGGAAACUGUGAACACGUGGGCUAUUGAUAAGGAUCUCAAAUUCACACUGAGGCCAGUACAGGAAACACCAUCUGCAUGUUUUGUUUCUGUGUCACUGUUCAUUAGCAGACUGCUGAAGUUGGUUCAUGGUUGUGAAUUGGAUCGAUUUGUUUCCAAAACAUUAUAGACAAAGAGGGGAAAAAAGGAGCCGUGAGGUGCAGCCACUGAUUACCUGACGGGGAAAGGCAUCACUGAAAUCUCACCAUGUCAGAUACUGGAAUACCGCAUAUUGGAACCACUGCCACCCAAACAUAUGAAUAUUAUUACAACGAAAACAACACCCCGAACUCUUGCGACGAUGUGGACUUGAAGGAAUUUGGAAGUGUGUUUCUACCCACGCUGUACAGUUUGGUUUUCAUUGUGGGAUUUCUAGGUAAUGGUUUAGUGGUGUGUGUCGUGGUGAAACACCGCAACAGUACCACCUUGACAGACAUCUGCCUUUUCAACCUGGCUCUCUCCGACCUCGUCUUCCUGCUCACACUGCCUUUCUACGCUCACUACUCCAAGGUCAGCCACUGGCCUUUCGGGGACUUCAUGUGCCGUUUCAUCUCAACCUGCCACCACGCAGGCUUCUUCAGCAGUGUCUUCUUCAUGGUUGCCAUGACGCUGGACCGCUACGUGGUCAUCAUGCACACUCACAGGGUGGCAGGUUAUCGCACGCUGAGGGCAGGCGUUGUUCUCAGCACGUCCAUCUGGCUGCUGAGCCUGUGCGUCUCUCUUCCAGCCUUUAUCUUCACAAACGUCACAAAUCAGUUUAACAACUCAAUUUGUGACGAUGACAAGGAAAACAGUACCUGGGAGGUUUACAACAUCUUUGCGACAAAUAUACUGGGUCUCGUGAUUCCCUUGCUGGUGAUGGUAGUUUGCUACUCCAGGAUAAUCCCUACACUGGUAAACAUGAAGAGUGCGAGGAGGCACCGUGCCGUGAAGCUGAUCAUCUCUUUAGUGGCUGUCUUUUUCUUACUCUGGGUCCCAUUUAACAUUUGCAAUUUCUUGCUCUUUCUGCAGUCGACAGGCAUAUUGCCGGACGAAUGCAACUUUGACACAAAUUUAAAGCUAUCAGUUAUAGUGACCGAGACCUUUGCUUACACUCACUGCUGCCUGAAUCCCAUCAUAUACGCCUUUGUUGGACAGAAAUUUAUGAAACGAGCCUUGCAGCUGCUGGGGAAGUGGGUUCCUGGGAUUCGUUCUUGCUCCAGCAGAGAUUUGUCAGAUAGAACUUUCAGGAAAAGCUCUGUCACGUCCAGGUCCUCUGAUGUCACCCACACUAUUGUCAUUUAGCAGGUGGAGGGCAGAUGUGAUACAGUUUAUGGACACCAUAAACCGCCAAUGUGUUCACCCCUGUCCAUUUCUUUGAUGGUUUGUUUGUAAGCUGUAAGAUUGGACAAAACAACAGAAUGGAUUUCCACAAAACUUAAUGAAAGGAUGUUGUAUGGGUCAUGAGAGAACCCAUUCAAUUUUGGUGCAGAUCCAGAAUUGUUUAUUUUAACUUUCUUUAACCUUAUGAGAUUGGUAAUUUUUCAACAUUUCAUAGAUCUUGAUUUAAAAGAAAUCUGGCACAAAUAGGGGACUGAUAUCUAUGAGCUUGUGAAAAUGUGGUGCAGCUUGAUUGGAUUUAAGGGGACUGCUUGGCCAUACUAGUUUAUUAUGUUUUUAUCCAGGCUCCCUCAAUUGUCUAUCCAGGAUUUUUAAAAUUCAAAAAUGUGUAAACUAUUACAGCUGCCUGUACCUGUAAUUAUGAUUAUUGUUUAGACCUUUUUGAUACCAUUUUCAAAUAAAUCUUUGCACUGUGAUAUAUUGUAUUGAUUAGACAAUAAGAUGUUAGCUGACAGGCCUGUCAGUUUAAAAAUAAUCCAAGUGAGAGCUAAAUCAUCAGCAUCAUCAUCUCCUAUACGUUCACAGGUUUACUGAAUUCAAUGCAGUUAUGCAGAUAUAGUCGAAAAAUUUAACUGCACUCCAAUCUUGACAGAGAAUGCCGUUUAACCACAAUGUUUGUUUCUCUGUGGCCGAUGUGUCGGGAAAGGAUGUGUCGGGACACUUUUUUGUUCCUUUUCACACAUUUUUAUGAAGUCUGCAAGUUGGCGAAGAAAUAUUAAUAAUAAAAUGCUGACAUUUGUAAAAAAGCAAAGUUCUCUUUUUUAACAUGUGUUCUUUUUAUUUUUUACUUUUAUUGUAAAAAAAUUGUUUUAUUCAACUAUUUGAUGAUGACUCAAAGGUGAAACUAACAGUGGGUUGUGUUGCAUCUAAUAAACAAAGGUUGUUGCUUGUUAUAGAUCUGAAAGUGUUGAUGUGUAAGAAAUGUUGGUUCAAACAUGUAAUUUUAGAUAAUUCUUUUCAGUAUUAUAUUAUAUAAGCGUUUUAAUCCAUGAAUACAUUCUCCUUUUUAUCUCAGUUAAUUUUAGUGAUGUUUUUUUGCAUUAAAUUCUGCUUAAGGCCCAAUUGCUUGUAUUGAUAGUUAAAUUGUGUGGUUUUGUUUUGCAAAUGAGAUUAUUAAAUUUUUAUACAUGUCA